UGGUACCGUGAGGGGCCCGCCAACAUGGCGCUGCCCUCUUCGCCCCCCGCCCGCGUCUUCGCCGAGCUUCUCCCGGCCCCGGCCCCCACCCCGCUCCCGGUUGGAGGUGGCGGCCCUCCCCCGGUGCCAUCCGGGCGGGAGGUGCACGUCAGCGGCAGCGCGGCGCUGAGCGCCGGCCCGGACAGGGCGCGGGUGUCGCUGCGGUUGAGCAGCAGGAAGGGGGAGGCCGGGGAGGCGCGGAGCAGCGUGACCCGCCGGCUGGAGUACAUCGCCCAGACCGCCCGGCAGCGCGGCGUCCCGGAAGAAAAUAUGACUGUAACAGAGGAUUUUAGUAGAGUAGAAGAUACUUAUCAAAUGGAAGCAGAGGUCUGUGUUACAUUCAGUGAUUUUGGGAAAAUGCAGAGUGUUUGCAAUCUGCUGAUUGAGAAGUUGGGACCCUCCGUUACCGUCAGCCCACCUCACUUCUACCACACGCCAGAAGCCGCGGACGCCCUUCGCCGUCAGGUGUGCGUUGCCGCCGUUGGAAACACGCGGCGCAAAGCCCAAGAAGUCUGUCGCCUUUUUGGCCUGUCCUUGGGAAAACCUUUAUUAAUAAAAGAAGAAGAAACCAAAGAAUGGGGAGGCCACGCAGAGGGUCAUCUAUCGACCUCCCCAGACUCGCUGACUCUGCAGCAAAGAAUCCAGAACGCCACGGCUUACGCUUCGUGUAGAGUGUUUGCUGUGUUUGAGAUAAAGGGAAAAGAAAACAGAAGAAACAAGUUGCUCUAGAAACUUCCAAAUCCUACACAUUUUCUUAAUAAAAUUUUUUUUAUACUUUCUUGA